GUACUUGUCAUUUGUCAAAAAUAAAUGAAGUGAGAAGUCAAAACUGAAAACAAAUUAAAUAUUUCCAAAAAAAAUAUAUAGCUUGCUGAUUCUCAUUAGGAUUAGCUUAUUAUUGUGAUGCCUACAAUUACUAAAAUAUUUUUCAUAAGUUAACCAUGUCGUCCUGCCGCACUCACUAAAACUUUGAAGAAUAACAUCGCCGGUAACCUAAUCAGAAAUGCCAGAAACAUCUUGCUAUAUUCUUGACAAUGGAGCGUACACUGCAAAAGUGGGAUUCUCCACUAUGGAGCCGAAGGUUGUACCCAACUGUAUAAUGAAAGCAAAAUCGGAACGACGCCGUCCGUUCAUUGGAUCACAAAUAGACGAGUGUCGAGAUGCAUCGGGAUUAUUUUACAUCCUGCCUUUCCAAAAAGGUUUCCUCGUCAAUUGGGACACUCAAAAAACAGUAUGGGACUACAUGUUCAGCAAGGAGUGUUGUCCUGUCAACUUUAACGAAAUACCAUUGAUCAUAACUGAACCCUUAUUCAACUUUGCCUCAAUUCAAGAAGCUAUGACCGAAAUUUUCUUUGAAGAAUACGAGUGUCAAUCCCUGUUACGCAUCAAUGCUACGGAUUUAGCUGAAUAUAAUUACAGAAAAACUCAUAAAAAUGUGUGCACCAUUGUUGUUGACUCUGGUUAUAGUUAUACAUACAUUGUGCCUUAUAUAAAAGGUAAAAAGUUUAGAGAUGGAAUCAGAAGAGUGGAUGUUGGAGGCAAAGUGUUGACCAACCAUUUGAAAGAAGUGCUUUCAUACAGACAACUGAAUGUAAUGGAUGAGACCUAUGUGAUAAACCAAGUUAAGGAAGAUUCAUGUUUUGUUUCAAUGGACUUUAUGAAUGAUAUGGAAAUUGCUAGAAAAAAAGGUUCUGAAAAUACAAUAGUGAAAGAUUAUGUUCUACCUGACUAUACAACAAUUAGACGUGGCUACCUUCGAGAUGUGGUCAGACCUGACGAAGACCUUGAACAGCAGACAUUGAGGAUGAACAAUGAACGGUUUGCAAUUCCCGAACUACUUUUCCACCCAUCAGAUGUUGGUAUACAACAGAUGGGGAUCACUGAAACCAUCAUGCAUUCCUUAAAUGCAUGCCCUGAAGAACACAUGGAAAGUUUGCUGGAAAAUAUAGUUUUGUAUGGUGGUAACGCGUUAUUCCCAGGCUUUAGAGACAGAGUUUACAAUGAUGUACGAGCUGCGGCAUUAGAUCACUACGAUGUAAAUGUUACAGUAGCCGAAAACCCAAUUACAUAUGCAUGGGAAGGUGGAAAGAUGAUAUUCAGAGACCCCGACUUUUACUCUUUCUGUAUGACAAAGGAGGAAUAUGAAGAAGAAGGCAAAGCUUUGGCAUUUGAAAGAUUUGAUAUAUAACGGCGAAAACGAGCGAGGCGGUCUCCUGAAUAGACCCUCGCUCGUUAAACUGUGGAGUGAAUUAAGAGAAAUUUUUAAGGGCAUGAACUCAAUACUAAGUUAAGUAUCCUGUAAAUAGUAAUUAUAAAUUAGGUUGUAUUAUUAAGAUUGAGCCAAUCUAAUACAAACUUUGAAUGGUAUAUUCUAUAGAAAGUCCAAGUGGUCUGUUUUAUUUUAAAUCCUUUAUAUUACUUGCAUCUUAUCAUAGGAAAUCUUUAGGAGAGGCCUAUGUUCAGCAGUAGACUUUAUAUGGCUGAUAAUGAUGAUAUUACUUGCAUUAUAAAAAUAAAGUAACCCAAAGCACUAUGUUAGCAAA